UGGAGCACCGCUAGUAUACUGAAGUCAGCAUAAGUUUUAACAUUGAUUUUAGAAGUGGGGGACAUGGUUACAAGUGGUAACUACGUGGAGUGGGGGUAUCCAGAGAAGUAAAAACUUAUGCUGACUUUAGUAUAGUUUUGAAUUCCGUAGUUAAACCUAGCUCUCCCUGAGAUAAUUAUUGGCGCCAUCUCGCCCCAGCAAAUUGCUAUAUAACGGCUAAACGGCUUUUUCCGACUUUUGCCUCCAGUGGUAUAUCUAAAGCGUCUCGAGAUUAUUCCGUUGAAAUUCCGUACAAUUACCCCGAGUAAAAUGUAAACGAGGGACAUUUGAGUUGAUAAAAAAUCGGUGGAAGGUUUCUCGCAUCAGAGAAUACAGAAUCAAUUGAAAUUAAUUACAGUCGAGUUUUAUUAUCAGUGGAUUGAGCGGUCUAACCUCGAAACAGCUAUGGCGAAUGUAGUUUUGGACAAGGAGACAUUCUUUAGGCGAAUGAAACGGCUGUACACGGCUUGGAAGGAAGGUGAUGCCGGUAGUGAUGACAGUUUCAGUAAAAUGGACUGUCUUGUGUCGGCAGUGGGAACUGACGAGGACAUCGUCUACAGCAAAUCGAUGGCACUACAGACCUGGUUAUUCAGUUACGAGCUCACUGACACCAUCAUGAUCCUGGCUGAGGACUCGAUUAAUUUUCUAGCCAGCAAGAAGAAGAUCGAAUUUCUCAGAAAGGUGGAGAGUGGAAAGACUGAGGAGACUGGGGUACCACCAGUCAAGCUCUUCGUCAGGGACAAGAGUGACGAGGAUAAAGCGAAUUUUGCCAAAUUGAUUGAUGUUAUCAGGGGGAGUAAAAAGGGUAAGACUCUUGGGGUCUUCUCCAAGGAGAAUUAUCCAGGGGGAUUUAUGGAUGCCUGGAGGGCUGCUAUCAAACCGGAGAAUUUUGAUACUGUCGAUGCUAGUGCAGCAGCUGCUUUUGUGAUGGCGCCCAAGGAAGAGAUUGAAAUUCUCACUGUGAAAAAAGCUUGUCUCGUAUCUGUUGAUGUUUUCACAAAAUAUCUGAAGGAUCAGAUAAUGGAGAUCAUCGAUUCGGACAAGAAAGUCAAGCACUCGAAGCUAGCUGAAGGUGUUGAUCAGGCUCUCACCAACAAGAAGUACGUCACAGGUGUCGAUGUAUCUCAGGUUGAUAAUUGUUAUCCAGCAAUAAUCCAGAGUGGAGGGAAUUAUACUCUGAAAUUUUCUGUUGUCUCCGACAAGAAUAAUCUCCACUUCGGGGUGAUAAUCUGCUCCCUGGGGGCUCGAUACAAGUCCUACUGCUCCAAUAUCGUGAGAACUCUCCUGGUGAAUCCCACCAAAUCCAUCGAGGACAACUACAAUUUUCUCCUCAACGUGGAGGAGGAGAUUCUGAAAAAACUCACAGCAGGAACUAAAAUUAGUUCUGUCUACGAGACUGGAAUAAAAUAUGUGAAGACAGAGAAGCCAGACAUGAUCGACCACUUGACGAAGAAUUUUGGUUUCGCCAUGGGAAUAGAAUUCAGGGAGUCAUCUCUCCUGAUCGGUCCCAAGACUCACGUAAUCGCUAAAAAGGGAAUGGUCUUCAACGUGAACGUUGGUCUUUCAAAUUUGACAAAUCCCGAAGCGACUGACAAGGAAGGCAAGAGCUACGCCCUCUUCAUAGGCGAUACUGUUGUUGUCAAUGAUGGUACGCCAGCUACAGUCCUCACAAUAUCCAAAAAGAAGAUGAAGAACAUUGGAAUUUACGUGAAAGACGAUGACGAGGAGGAGGAAGAGGAGAGUGGCAAGGAGAACGAGCCAAAACCCGAGAUUCUCGGUCGAGGAAAACGAAGUGCUGUCAUUGAAUCAAAAUUGAGAACAGAGCACAGCUCCGAGGAGAAGAGGAAGCAACACCAGAAGGAGCUUGCCCAGCAGCUCAAUGAAAUUGCCAAGGCCAGGUUGGCCCAGCAGUCUGGAGGGAAGGAGCAGGAGAAAAUUCGAAAAUCAACGGUAUCCUACAAGAGUCUCAAUCACAUGCCGCGGGAGUCUGAGGUGAAGGAACUGAAACUUUACGUCGACAGGAAAUACGAGACUGUGAUACUCCCCAUUUUUGGAACUCCAGUCCCGUUCCAUAUCUCGACUAUCAAAAACAUUUCUCAGUCCGUUGAGGGUGAUUAUACCUAUCUCAGGAUAAAUUUCUUCCAUCCUGGGGCCACCAUGGGAAGAAAUGAGGGAGGAACUUAUCCCCAGCCUGAUGCCACCUUCGUCAAGGAAGUAACUUAUCGUUCAGCUAAUACUAAGGAACCUGGUGAAUUGUCCGCACCCUCGUCCAACCUCAAUACAGCGUUCAGGCUCAUCAAGGAGGUCCAGAAGAGGUUUAAGAAUAGAGAGGCUGAGGAGAGAGAGAAGGAGGAUCUUGUGAAGCAAGACACACUGGUGUUGUCACAAAAUAAGGGUAAUCCCAAGCUCAAGGAUCUCUACAUACGACCAAAUAUCGUGACCAAGAGAAUGACUGGCGGCCUUGAAGCCCACACCAAUGGCUUCCGUUACACCUCUGUUCGUGGUGACAAAGUCGAUAUUCUCUACAAUAAUAUUAAAAAUGCCUUCUUUCAGCCUGGUGAUGGAGAGAUGAUAAUUCUUCUUCAUUUUCAUCUUAAACACGCCAUAAUGUUUGGCAAGAAGAAGCACGUCGAUGUUCAGUUUUAUACAGAGGUUGGUGAAAUCACAACUGAUCUUGGAAAGCAUCAGCAUAUGCAUGAUCGAGACGAUUUGGCUGCUGAGCAGUCGGAGAGAGAGCUCAGGCACAAGCUCAAGACUGCUUUCAAGUCAUUCUGCGAAAAAGUCGAGUCCAUGACAAAGCAGGAGAUUGAAUUCGAUACGCCUUUCAGAGAUUUAGGAUUUCCUGGUGCACCAUUCAGGAGUACUGUUCUGCUACAGCCAACGUCUGGUUGUCUUGUGAAUCUCACAGAAUGGCCACCAUUUGUCAUCACUCUUGAGGAUGUUGAGCUUGUGCAUUUUGAGAGAGUGCAGUUUCAUUUGAAGAACUUUGAUAUGAUAUUUGUGUUUAAGGAUUAUCAGAAGAGGGUGGCCAUGGUCAAUGCCAUUCCCAUGCACAUGCUGGAUCAUGUGAAGGAGUGGUUGAACUCGUGUGAUAUCAGGUACUCUGAGGGUGUUCAAUCUUUGAAUUGGGCGAAGAUUAUGAAGACAAUCACGGAGGAUCCAGAGGGCUUCUUCGAGAGUGGUGGCUGGACAUUUUUGGAUCCUGAUACUGAUGCUGAGAACGAGGAGGUCGACGAUGAGGAGGAGGAGGAGGAUGAUGCGUACGAGCCCACGGAUAUUGAGAGCGAGGAGGAGAGUGAGGAUGACUCGGAGUACUCGGAGGCGUCCGAGGAUUCCGAGAGCGAUGAGGAGGAGCUGGGGAGUAGCGAGGAGUCUGGAAAGGAUUGGAGUGAUUUGGAGAGGGAAGCAGCUGAGGAGGACAAGGAGAGGGGUGAUGGUACCUUCGGGAGAAAUGAAUUCCCCAAGAAGAAAUCCGAGCCAUCGAGGUCCAAGGACAAGCACAGGCACUCGGGCAGCUCCAAGGGCAAGGGGUCCUCGUCAUCCUCCAGGGACAAGCACAGAACGGAUCGCACGAGGAGUGGGGGUUCACACAGAAAAGUGUCUCCUUCCAAGUCGUCCAAACACAGUCCGAAGAAAAGUGAUAGGCACGACAAGCAUAGGUCAUCCCACUCAUCGUCCUCAGGCAAAAAACGCUCCAGAGAUGACAGUGGAGACCGUAGAAGCUCCAAAAAAUCCAGAAAAUAAACGACACGUACUGGAAACAUAAAUGCGGCGUGGAAAAUUUUCUUACUCUAGACUUCAUCAGGUGUAUACAUUUAUUUCAAUCAAAUAUCAAUGACUACCCCCAAAAAAAAUAAUUGUCAACCGCGUAACAAUCGAUCAGUUGGAUAAUUUAUUCUGUUCAAUUACUUGUACAAAGUGAAAACCCUCGCCAUCAUUUUCUACCGUCACUUGUGACCAAGUAAUUAUUGUAAGCCGAUUAAAAACAAUAAUUCAUUCUCAUGAACCUUUUACUUUAAUUGUAUCAUCAAUAAAUUGAAUAAGUUUUUCAAACCAA